GGGGCGGGCCCGAGAAAACCCGCCUCCCCCGUGCCGUCCUCGUCACGGCGCCACAGGACAGCCAUGCCGGGCCGCCUGCUGCGGGGCCUCUGGCAGCGAUGGCGCCGUUACAAGUACCGCUUCGUACCCUGGAUCGCGCUGAACCUAAGCCACAACCCGAGGACCCUCCGAUAUGUUCCAGAGGAAUCCAAAGACAAAGUUAUCUCAGAUGAAGAGGUCCUAGGAACAUUACUGAAAGUUUUCCAGGCUUUAUUCGUAAAUGAUUUCAAUAAACAAUCAGAUAUCUUGACUGUGCUUCCAGAACCUGUUAAAUCAAAAUAUCAAGACCUACUGUCAGUUCAGCAUCCAGGGGUGAAACAGCUUGAAUACAGACAUCAACAGCAAAAUACCUUUACACCAGAAGAAAUUCUUUAUAAGACAUUGGGUUUCAGUGUCACCCGAGCACCUAGCACAUUGAUUUCGGCUGGAAAAGGUGUCUUCGUUAACAAAGGAUUGGUACCAAAAGGCGCGGUUGUAUCUAUGUAUCCUGGUACAGUAUAUCAAAAGUACGAGCCAAUCUUUUUCCAGUCCAUUGGAAAUCCAUUUAUUUUUAGAUGCCUGGAUGGGAUACUCAUUGAUGGAAAUGACAAAGGAAUAUCAAAAGUCGUGUAUGGAUCUUGCAAUGGGAGGGAUCAGCUUGGCCCUUUAAAAAUGAGUGAUAGUACAUGGCUAACGUCAGAAAUUCAUAAUCCACUGGCUGUAGGACAGUACGUCAACAAUUGUUCAAAUGACAGAGCAGCUAAUGUCUGUUAUCAGGAAUUUGAUGUGCCUGCAGUUUUCCCUAUAGAACUGAAGCAAUAUCUUCCAAACAUUGCGUACAGCUAUGACAAACAAAGUCCACUUCGAUGUGUCAUUCUUGUCGCACUCAGGGACAUCAAACAAGGAGAAGAGCUUUUUUCAAACUACUAUACAAUUGUCAGCUAACUGUAUGAAAUUAGGUUUUCUAUUCAGCUAUUGAGUUAAUUCUAAAUGUUUUUGUUGUUUCUCUGAGUUCCACCUGCAGAGCAAAUAUUUUGAAACCUAAUUGGAGUGGGAACUUUUUUGUUUUUAUU